AUGGCUGAUUGUGCAAAUGAUAUUGAACAUACCACCAAAAGAUGGCACCGAUUACAUAAAUCAAUAGUCAAAGCACGAAGUGUUUUGGUUCGUGAGACCAUCACUCUUUUCGAAUUUAAGCCUGGUGUAGUGGAAGAUAGCAGCAGUCCUGCUAUAAUGGCAACGGCGACAAAAUACUCGAAAGAAGAGCUGAAUGCGGCUAUCGGUCAUCUGACUCACAUGCUCGGUCUGAUCACUCGUUAUCUGGGUGUGAAGCUCCCUUUUCCUGUUUUUCACAAGACAAUGUAUCCUUAUGUACGUUCUGCUACAGCCAAACUACGUCAUAGCAGCAAGAUGCCAUUGUUUCUGGAUGACAAGAACCUCCGACGGUUUACUAUUGGCAUGGCCAUGCUUAAUUAUGACAUUGCAUAUUUGUGUCACUCUCAAGGCGUUGAAAUACAAUUAUCGCAAGUAGCUAAUUCAUUACAAGCAUUAAUGGCUUGCUGUCGCUCACAAAGGCUCGGACUGUAA